UUGCCUCCCCAGGAUACUCUGAAUCUAUGGUGCCCGCUGGAACCCACUUUCCCAGACCCGCUCUCGAUGCCCGAUUUCUUGCCACGCCUCUUGGCACAGUGCAUCCUGCUGGAGGGCGCCCGGGCCGAGGGCUCGUGCAUCUCCGGAACCAUUCGGGUGCUCAACUUGGCCUACGAGAAGCGGGUCUCCGUGCGGUACACCUGGGACUCCUGGGCCACUCAGCGUGAAGCUCGGGCUUCCUACGCCGCCCCUGCAGGGCGGGACCGGGACCACGCCGACCGCUUUGCCUUCCGCCUGCCACUGCCAGUCCCGUUGCCCCCGGGGGUCAGCCUAGAGUUUGCUCUCUGCUACCUUGUGGGCGGGAAGGAAUUUUGGGACAACAACCAAGGCCGCAACUAUUGCCUGAGACCCCCGCCCUCCGUGGAAGAGGAAGAUGAGCCCCCCAGCCCCACUCGCGAUUGCUGCGAGACAGGAUGGAUACAUUUCAUAUAG